AUGUCAGAACCCGAUCCUUCAUCUGGAUUUGUAGGAAACAUGGAAAAUGGGACUUUUCUAGAGCUGUAUCCCACAUCCCUUUCAACUUCAGUAGAUUCAUCACCUGGUCGUUUAUCCAACGUCUAUGUCUAUGUUUCUAUAUUCCUCAGUCUUUUAGCUUUUCUCCUUUUGCUAUUGAUCAUUGCACUUCAGAGGCUGAAAAACAUAAUUUCUUCCAGUUCCUCCUACCCAGAAUAUAACAGUGAUGCUGGAAGUUCUUUCACUAAUUUAGAGGUUUGUAGUAUUUCUUCCCAGCGCUCUGCUCUCUCAAACCUUUCUUCAUGA